ACAUAUAUCUGCCGCUUUUUGAUACUGGAUCUCAAAUUGCAGACGACAUCCUUUCAGUGUAUGUUUGAUUGAAGAACAGUUGCAGUCUACUUGCUGAGCUGAGCUGAGACUGAGUCAAGUCUAGUCAGUUUACAUUAUUUACAAGCUGAACCUGCUGAAACUAGCUCAAGACGUGAAGAGUGAAGUGCAAGAUGGCAUUUUUCAACAAAUUGAGUCAAAGUGCAAGGAAUGCUGCUGGAUCAUUGAGCAACAUCAGAGUAGCAGCCCCAAUUCGUCACAAGGCAUCUGCCAGUGCCGCAGCACCCAAGCUGGUCCCAGAUGAAUACGAUGGGCCACUUAUGAGGACGGAGCUUCCAGGACCAAAGUCACAGGAACUAUUGAAGAAAAUGGACAGUAUUACAAGGAACACGGCAACCAUUCAGAUGUUUGUAGACUACAAAGCAAGCAAGGGUAACUUCCUGGUAGACGUCGAUGGCAAUCGAUACCUGGACUGCUUCAAUCAGAUCUCAUCCGUUCCUCUUGGGUACAACCAUCCAGCUCUAUUGGAAGCCGUUACAAAUCCAGAUCUUGCUAUUUCGAUGAUAAACCGCUCAGCCCUUGGAGUGUUCCCACCUGCUGAAUAUCCUGGCCGUAUGGAAGAUGCUCUCCUUUCUAUUGCACCUAAGGGGUUGGAAUGCGUUCAGACAAUGAUGUGUGGAUCGUGUUCGAAUGAGAAUGCACUCAAACAAACUUUCUUACAAUACAGGCACAAAGCCAGAGGAGGAAACCCAACUCAGGAGGAAUAUGAUUCAUCUAUGUGCAACCAGGCUCCAGGGGCACCGGACCUUUCUGUCCUCUCAUUCAAUGGAGCUUUUCAUGGCAGAACUAUAGGUAUGUUGGCUCUGACUCACUCCAAACCAAUCCACAAGGUAGACAUUCCAUCCAUAGACUGGCCGUCAUCAGACUUCCCGGCUCUCAAGUACCCCAUAGACCAGCAUGCACAGGAGAACAGGGUGGAGGAGGACAGGUGCUUACAGAUGGUGAGAGACAAGAUUGCAGAGUAUGCAGCCAAAGGCAAGCCAGUAGCAGCGUGCAUCGUGGAACCUGUACAGGCUGAAGGAGGAGACCAUCACGCUACACCAUACUUCUUCAUUGAACUACAGAAGAUUCUCAAAGAGGUUGGAGCAGCAUUCAUAGUAGAUGAGGUGCAGACGGGAGGAGGUAUAGCUGGGACUAUGUGGGCUCAUGAACAGUGGAACCUACCAGAAGCACCCGAUGUGGUCACCUUCGCCAAGAAACUCAUCACAGGGGGAUACUACUACAAGCCUGAGUUUGCUCCCAAGAUGGCAUACCAAGUAUUCAAUACAUGGAUGGGAGAGCCCACCAAGCUGAUAAUGCUGGAAGCCAUUGUUGAAACCAUCAAGAAGGAUAACCUCCUAGAGAACGUUCAGAACUCUGGAAAGCUCCUCUUGAGCGGACUGGAGGAAUUACAGGCCAAGUACCCACAGUUCAUGUCGAGGGCCAGAGGAAUGGGAACCUUCAUAGCCAUUGACCUCUCGUCUCCCGAGACUGCAGCAGAGAUUGUGGCCCGAGGGAGGAAAGCAGGCUUCAUCCUUGGAACCUGUGGCAAGCAGUCCCUCCGUUUGCGCCCCGCCCUCAUCUUCCAGUCUCAGCAUGCCGAGAUGUUACUGGAUGAACUCAGUCACAUCAUGUCAGAGCUCUAGAUGACUCUGAUAUGGACAUUAUGGCCCAAAUUCCCAAAGGAGGUUUAAAUUUAACCCAUGGUCUAAAUUUAGCGCAAAAUAGGCGUGACACUGUCAGAGGUUCUUAUAUUAGAUGCGCACAAGGCAAGGUACGCUUAAUUUGCGCUAAUUUUAAACCAUGGGUUUUGUAAAUGAGGGUUUAAACCAUGGGUUAAAUUUAUACUUCCUUUGUGGAUUCGGGCCCUUAUGUUUCCAACCAGGGUUUAGGGGUAGGGUUUCAAGAGAAGGUUGAGUUCUGAGCUCA